AUGUCAAUCCGAGGGGAACUUGUGCGUGCUUUAGGAGGCGUUCCUCCUCAGAUUAGAGAGGCUAUCUUGUGUGGUAGCACCAAGUCAACAACCGAAGAAGAACCUUUAUAUUGUGUCCAUGCGAGUUCAGGAUCUACUGCACCUAUUAGUGUUAGGUGGCGACCGCUUUCUUAUCCUGUUGGAGAGCUUGUGCGUGCUUUAGGAAGCGCUGUAGCAUCCACUUCUCUUUUGGGUGUUCCUCUUGGACAUAACUCAUUGUUUCUUCAAGGGCCUACUGUACUGAGAGUAAAGGUGGUUGGUAUUAGAUCAAUCAACAAGGAAGGGCCUGAACAAGGAAAACGAUCUGGUCUCUAUCUCUCCGUCUCUGUUUCUCUCUUUUGUUCCUCCUUACUUUCCUAUGCAUAUCCAUCACUAUUUAUAGAUGUAGAUGAGCCUGGGGGUCUCUCCUUCCAUGAUGUUCUCAACAUACUCCACAGCCUCCAAGGCGACGUUUUUGCUGCAGAUGUUGUUGAAUUCAACCCGCAGCGCUACACUGUUGAUGGGAUGACUGCAAUGGUUGCUGCUAAGCUGUAUGUAACUGAAAAAUUCAUUUCCAGAAGCUUAAUUCCUUAUCCUGUUGUAAGAGCUCUCUCCGAGACGCUUGGGGGACCUGUAGUGGAUAUUCUUCAUCUGGAUGCCCAUCCUGAUAUCUAUAAAGCCUUUGAAGUUGUCAACCAGCAUUUCAGCCAGCCUCCUGAAUUUGGUUGCGGAAUUUUUAGGUUGGUAUUAGAUCAAUCAACAAAGAAGGGCGUGAACAAGGAAAAUGAUUUGGCGUUGAACAAUAUGAAAUGCGAACCUUUUCACGAGAUCGUCAUUUUUGGGAAAUGCUGGUCUCUCUUCUCCCUCCCUCCGUCCCUGUCCCAUAAAUUAGGGGAAGGUGUGAAGGGCGUGUACAUCUUGAUAGAUGUAGAUUGCCUUGAUCCUGCAUUUGCUCCCGGAGUGUCACACAUUGAGCCUGGGGUCUUUCCUUCCGUGAUGUUCUCAACAUAUUCCACAGCCUCCAAGGCGACGUUGUUGCUGCAGAUGUCAUUGAAUUCAACCCGCAGCGCGACACUGUUGAUGGGAUGA